AUGGACAACAACGACAUCUUCUUCGGCGACCUCCCACCCACACUCACCACUCACCAACCCCCACGGUACACCAAACCAACGGACGACUUCCGCCCCCUCCCCUCCUCAGACACCUCAGUCCUCUACCUCGCCAUCACCACACCGCACACCGACACCUACACGAUCCACGGCCCGGUGCGCAGCUUCUCGCACCUCCUCCCGCCAAUCCAAGACCGCACGUCCUCGAGCCCCAGCGCAAUCGACAAGCUCGACGCCCUAGCCUACACGCCCGCCGACGCAUGGGGCGAGCAGACCCCGAGCGCCGCGUUCGAGACGCACGGAUUCCGGACGUUUAUCGUCGAGGGCCAGCGCGCGACUUUCACCGUGCUGGAGGUCUUGCGCGAGGACAAUCCGCUCGUCAGAGAGGCGCUGCCCGCGCCGGUGUAUACGGUGACCAGGCACGGACCGCUGGUGUAUUCGUUCUCUGGCGUCGGCGCGGGCGUCAGGGUUGGUGAGGCGCGGGGGUUCGCCGCGACAUCGGCGCUGGUGGGGAGUUUUGUGGAGCGGGGCGCUGCGCGGACGGCGGCGAGAGAUGCCAUGGAGAGGUUGGUCGCUGGAGAGGGGGUGGUGAGUCGUAUUGAGGAGUGGGGUGCGGGCGAUGGCGGUGUUUUGCUGGCUAUGGGUAGGGAGACGAGAUGGGAGGUUAGGGUGCUGUAUGAGGAUGAGACACUGCAGAGAGCUAAGGAGGUGGCGGAUGCUGAGGGGGCGGGCGUUGGGUGGCGGUAUUGA